UUGAUUAUCGCGUGCGCGCCAUCAUGUCGAAUGAGGAUGCCCUGGAUGACGGAGCACGUGCCAGUGGUGUUGCGAGCCUUGGCAUGAACGGAGCCCACAAUCCGGCAGUGCCACAGCCAUCAAGCGCCAGUAUCAACAACAACGCCUCAGGCGCCGUAGACAUAAAUGGGUCAAAGGCCAUCGACGUGAGUGACGACGAAGAGUUUAUCGGUGGCGACAGUGCUAUAGCCACAAGUGCCCCAGCUACGAGCUACUGGGGCUCCAGUCGAGCCAUCUCCAGUCGUGCCGCCAGCCCAGCCAUGGACAACAUGAGUGAAGUGUCGAGUCAGCUCCCGGGAGCUCCUCUUCCACGUUCCAAGUCCCGCUCUGACUUUGGUGCUUCCAGUCGCUACAACAAUGCAUCCUUCUGGAAGGCACGGCGGGUACUUUUCUACCGCAAUGGUGAUCCCUUCUUCCCUGGUGUCGAGUACCGCUUCAAACCCGGCCGAGAUGUGGCCACAAUGGAAGCACUUCUAGAUAAGAUCUCACCCCGACUGGAUCUUCCACGCGGUGCCAGAUUUGUCUUCUCUAUGGAUGGGGAUCGAAAGUAUUCAUUGGAGGAGCUAGAGGAUGGAUCAUCUUACGUAGUGUCCAGUUUCAAGACCUUCAAGCCAGCAAGCUACGGAAAAAAGAACGGAAUGUGGUACGCAUCACCUAGCAAUCAGGGCUGGGGUGCAGCUAGCAAAGCCGAACGCCGGAAAUCCUCAAUUAUUGAAGCUGAUGUGAGUCCAUCAGGAGCUGCAGGUGGUGGUUUGAAAGCCAGUGCAGGUCGUGUGAUUCGCAUCAUCAACAAUCUCGAUCACACAGUACAGUGUCGCGUGCUUCUAAAUCUUCGCACGUCGCAGCCAUUUGAAGAGGUAGUAGAGGAUCUGGGACAGGUGCUUAAAAUGACUGGCGCGAAAAAGAUGUACACGGGCAGUGGUCAAGAAGUGAGAUCAUUCUCACAAUUACGAAAUGAAUUUGCCGAUAUGGAUACAUUUUAUCUGGCACCAGGUGGGAAUCCAGGAACAACUCCUGCAUCACCGGAACGGAGAUCUCGCUCCCGAGCUGGUAUGGUGGCGCCCAUUGUGGCUGAGGAACCACCCAAAGGAUCCGUGCGUCAGAGAGCAAGGAGCAAAAGCCGUCCGAGGGUCCUCUAUGCGCCAGAGAAUGAGAUUGUCCGCUCCAAUCAAGAGUACACAAUUGUCGAUGCUCUGAAAGAGGAACCCACAAAAGUGACCAUUAAGGGACUCCGGAGGACAUUCUAUCCACCAAUCCAUCACCCAUCGAUCGACAACAGCCCACCGGAUAAGAAACUUCAACUCCACUGGGUUCACGGGUACAGAGGAAUAGAUGCCCGUCGAAAUCUAUGGGUUCUACCUUCUGGAGAACUCUUGUAUUACGUAGCGGCUGUUGCUGUUCUCCUGGACAGAGAGGAAGAAGCUCAGCGACACUACACAGGUCAUACUGAGGACAUCAUGUGCAUGGAUAUUCAUCCAUCUCGUGAAUUAGUGGCUUCUGGACAGAGAGGUGGUCGUGACAGAAAAUCCCAAGCCCAUGUACGCAUUUGGAGUACAGAAUCUCUUCAAACGCUUUACGUUUUUGGAAUGGGAGAACUUGAUCGGGGUGUUACUUCCGUUGCUUUUUCACAACUGAACGGAGGUAGCUAUGUUCUAGCAGUGGAUGCUGGUCGUGAGAGUAUUUUAUCCGUUUGGCAAUGGCAAUGGGGACAUUUGCUUGGAAAAGUUGCGACCCUUCAAGAAGGACUAUCGGGUGCAUGUUUCCACCCAUUGGAUGACAAUUUGAUCAUCACUCAUGGAAGAGGUCACUUGGCUUUCUGGCAUAGACGUAAGGAUGGUUUCUUCGAGAGAACAGACAUCAUUAAGAAUCCUUCCCGUACGCAUAUCACUAGCAUCCAGUUUGAACCAGACGGAGAUGUUGUUACUGCAGAUAGCGAUGGUUUUAUUACGAUUUAUAGCGUUGAUGCGGAUGGAGCGUACUUCGUUAGAAUGGAAUUUGAAGCACAUACAAAGGGCAUUAGCUGUUUAGUGAUGCUAUCUGAAGGCACUUUGCUGUCCGGUGGCGAAAAAGAUCGUAAGAUCAUAGCAUGGGAUUCGUUACAGAACUAUAAGAGAAUCACAGAGACCAAGCUUCAAGAAUCCAGCGGUGGAGUCCGCACUAUCUACCCUCAACGUCCUGGACGCAAUGAUGGAAACAUCUACGUUGGCACAACGCGAAAUAACAUAUUGGAAGGUUCCUUGCAGAGGCGUUUCAACCAAGUAGUCUUUGGCCAUGGACGUCAACUGUGGGGUCUAGCAGCGCAUCCAGAUGAUGACGUCUUUGCCACAGCUGGACAUGAUAAGAAUAUAGCGCUAUGGCGCAAACAGAAACUCCUGUGGACAUCCCAGGUGGCUUACGAGUGUAUCUCACUUGCCUUCCAUCCCUUCGGUUCAGCUUUAGCAGCUGGAAGCAGUGAAGGUCACCUACUUAUCAUGAACUCAGACAAUGGUGCAUCCAUGUUAACCCUACGCGUCUGUGGUUCCCCUCUAAACUGCAUUGGAUACAACCUAGCUGGAGAUAUGAUAGCUAUUGGAUCACAAAAUGGCAGUAUCUAUCUAUUCCGCGUUUCUCGCGAUGGAUAUUCAUAUAAAAAGGUCAAUAAGAUACGAGGUGCUCAGCCUCUGACACAUCUGGAUUGGAGUAUCGACGGGGUAUAUCUCCAAACAGUGACCACAGAUUUUGACUUGCUAUUCUGGGAUGUAAAGUCAUUAUCACCAGAGAAGAGUCCAAUGGCUAUGAAAGAUGUCAAAUGGGCUACUUUCAACUGCACAGUGGGUUACGUAGUGGCUGGAAUGUGGAACAAUCGAUACUAUUCCUCCAAUUCCACUAUCAUAUCAACGGGCAGUCGGGCAACUGGACAAGAUAUGCUGAUUUCAGGCGACGCUGAUGGAUAUCUCAGGCUUUUCAGAUACCCUUGUAUCACUCCGAAAGCUGAGUACUCCGAAGCCAAAGUGUACUCUGGAACGUUGGCUUGCGCUCGCUUCCUCUGUGGUGAUCGCAUGGUUGUGACUGUUGGUGGAACUGACGCCUCCCUUAUGAUAUGGGAUCUCAUUGAAGAAUAACCUCUGUGGCCCCCGGCGUGGUUUCACACCGCUGCCUCGGAUCACUCACCAUCACCUUCAUAUAAAAAUUUAGAGCACCGUCGAAGCACCGUUUCCUCCACCUUUACGAGUGACACCUCAUGCCUCAAUGGCUUCACCGGCGCCCCAUCCAGCCGUGGCGCUAUUCCUCGAUGGUAAUUUGCAGGCGCACGAUGACUCACCCGAUGAAAUCACCGUGGCUGCUGGUGAUAUUCCCGACUCGGAGGAGGAUGAAGAUGGCGUUGAGUACGCCGUCAUGCUUCCGGAUGCCUUCGCUGUUCUUGAUAUCACAUAGCGUCGGCCACAGAUCCCUGGACACUCCGCCCUCGAUCCACUACCAAGGGACAGCAUUUUGACAGAAGGAAACAACUUACAGGGAGAGACACCUAAGUGAUCCUGAAGAUGACUUCCCCAUUCCAUUUGUAACUUUGACGUUUGUGAAGUCCUCUACAGAGCCCUCAAGUGGUACCUCCAAAAAGUAAUAUGCCGAUACAGAAUCUUGACAAUUUCAUAACCUCAUAAUUUAAGAGAAAUAGCAAGACACGGUCCUAUUGAUUUUGUCAAUAGGUCAUCCCAUGUCCCAAGGCUAAAUGUUCCGUUUUGUAGCCAUAUUUUUGUAACAGAAUAUGUGAGUAAAGACAAGUCAGAAAAUCUUGCUUACUGUCAUAAAACUGUCAGAAACAUGUUUAUAAAUCAAAGCAUUUGUUUUGCUCAUUAUGACCUGCUAACAGUAACUUUUGAUUUGCAAAUAUGUUGUCGAAGUUGCAUAUGAGAGUGAGCAAGAUGAUUAUAACUAGUUUUUAUUAACUCCAAUUUAAUUGUUAAACACAUGUUUACAAAACAGAAAUCAUUCUGUAUUGCGCUCAUUAUGCCCAACGCACAAUAACUUUUGUUUGUAAGCAUGUUUUCAAAAUUUCCUAUGAGAGAGAGGGAGAUGACUAGAUCUCUGUUUCAUUCACUCUCAUUGAAAUGUCAAAAACAUGUUUACAAAACAAAAUUUAUUAUGCGUUGGGCAUUGUGAUCAACGCACAAUAACCUUUGUUUGUAAAUAUGUUUUCAAAAUUGCCUAUUGGAGUGAGCGAGAUGACUAGAUCUAAGUUUCAUUCACUCUCAUAGAAAAGUCAAAAACAUGUUUACAAAACAAAAAUUAUUGUGUGAUGUCCAAAGCACAAUAACUUUUGUUUGUAAACAUGUUUUCAAAAUUUUCUAUAGGAGUGAGCGAGAUGGCUAGAUCCAGAUCUCACGCACUCUGAUUGAAAUGUCAAAAACAUGUUUAGUAAACAAAAGUUAUAGUGCGUUGGGCAUGAUGGUCAUUAUACAAAACUAUUUAUAAACAGAAAAAAACAAA